UCCGUAAUCUUGUCUGCUCUGCACCUUUUCGACAUUCCGCCUCGAGAGAAGUGUGCAUUACCCAUUUUCCGAAGUGGACUGUAGAGAAGCAUUCCAUCCACAGCAUCCACAACCACAUUCCAGUCUCACCUCCAUUGAUCGCUGGUCCUGCCAGCAAUCGUCCGACUACUACCGGAUACCAUACAAAAAAAAAAACUAAAAAAACUACUUUUUACCACGUACCACGACUUCAACUGAAGUCAGCCUUUGCCAAUCAUGGCUCCGGCCGUCGUCAACGGCCUGGCGCACCAAGCCCGCUCCUUCAUCGCGGCCAGACGACUCUCGAGCCUCCCCGACACAGCAGACAUCACGGCCCGAUCAAUCGACGCGGGCUCCGUCGGGCCCCUCGCCGCUCGCUCCCUCCUCCUCGCCCGCGACAGCACGGGAUACAAGGAGAACCCCCACGUCGGCGUCACCGACCCGGCCGACAUCAACAACACGGCCAUCUUUGUGCUCUUCGGCCUCAUCGGCGCCGCCAUCAUCAUCACGGGCAUCUGGUUCUUCUUCUGGGCCAGAAACGGAGGGUUCUACUUCAAGGAAAACGACUGGGACGACUACAAGACCACGGUGCUGCGCCGCAGAGGUCCCAACGGUACCUUACUGUCUGGCGCCACCAAGUCGACCAAGCUCGGGGGCGGCAGCGUCUACAAGGACUACGACGAUAACCAGACGAGCAUCUCGGGGACUACGCUGUCGGGCAUCACGGCGGGACCCAGCGAUAUCGGCGCCCGCGAGAAGCGCGAUCGCAAGAAGGAGAAGAGGCGCAGGGAGAAGGAAGCCGCGCGCCACAAGGAGAAGCCUUCAUCCCAGAACUACGACGAGGCCGGCGUGCUCAUUGACGAGGAGGCUGAACGCGCGGCCAAGAAGCAUCUCCGCUCAUACCGCCACGAGAAGCCCGCCCGCGUCGGCGGUCUGAACAAGGAAUCUGAGGCGUCCGAGUGGGACGGCUCGACGAACCCUACCGAAUCAAACGUCUCGGCCAGCUUGCUCUCGGGUCAGCAGACCACGCCGACGUCGACGCCCAACAAGAAGAGCGGCGGCGGCGGUAUCCGUAAAGUGUACAGUACCGCCGACCGCAACGAGGAGCGCGAGCGCCAGCGUAUCCGCGCCGAGGCCAAGAAGCUGCAGGAGCGGGGCCGGGCUGCGGGUAGCUCGAGGCGCGAUUUCAGCUUCCAGCGGGCGAGCACCGUUGCCGAGGACCAGAAUACGCGGGGCUACGCGCUCCCGCCGCCGAGGGAGGAGCCUGAGCCGAGUAUGCCUGGUAGCUGGGCGGAGAGCGACAUCACGAGCGCGGUGGAGAGCGAUAUGGGGAAUAAGUCGUAUCACCACGUCAUUCCUGGUUUGAGCAGCCAGAGCGCCGUGAGCAGUGAUUAUGCUGAUGAGAGGCGCAAGAGGAGAAAGGAGCGUCGUCACCGUGAUCACUGAGUCAUGAUGGUCAGUUAGUUGGAUGAUGAUGGGAAACGAAGGUGGAAAGAAAUGAAGUAUGAUGAGCCAGACUGAUGAAGCAAGCAUAUGAUACUGUUUGGACGAUGGGGG